AUGGAGCCAUCCACUGCCCCCGGUGAUGAACCGGCUGAUUUCGAGUUGUACUCGGUGAUUCCAUCCAAUGUCACCUACCCGGACGACGAGAUGGGGUUCGAGCCCAACGGAGGAAACUACACCCAUCAGCUCCCGGUUCAGAGCGCCUCCAAUAUUAUAGUAGCCAUCUCCAUCACGGCGCUCUACUCCGUUAUCUGCGUGGUGGGAUUGCUCGGGAAUGUCCUUGUGAUGUACGGUGUGGUGAGAUACACCAAGAUGAAGACAUCCACCAACAUCUACAUCUUUAACCUGGCUCUAGCGGAUGCCCUAGCCACCAGCACACUGCCCUUCCAGAGCGCCAAGUACCUGAUGGGGACCUGGGCCUUCGGAGAGGUCCUCUGUAAGGUGGUCAUCGCCAUCGACUACUACAACAUGUUCACCAGCAUCUUCACCCUGACCAUGAUGUCUGUGGACCGCUACAUCGCUGUGUGCCACCCAGUGAGAGCCCUGGAGUUCAGGACGCCUGCCAAGGGUAAGAUCAUCAACGUUCUGAUCUGGGUUCUGUCCUCUGCCAUCGGAGUGCCCAUCAUGGUCAUGGCUGUGACCAAAACAACAGACAGUGGUCAGACUAUGUGCACGCUGAUGUUCCCUGACCCUGACUGGUACUGGGACACGGUCACUAAGAUCUGCGUGUUCAUCUUUGCCUUCAUCGUCCCUGUCAUGGUCAUCACCAUCUGCUAUGGUCUGAUGAUACUGCGUCUGCGCAGUGUCCGCCUGCUCUCCGGCUCUAAGGAGAAGGAUCGCAACAUGCGCCGCAUCACCCGCAUGGUCCUCGUGAUCGUUGCGGCCUUCAUCAUCUGCUGGACACCCAUCCACAUCUUCAUCAUCAUCAAGACCCUGGUGGAGAUCAACUCUAGGAACCCCUACGUGAAAGCCAGUUGGCACCUCUGCAUUGCGCUGGGCUACAUGAACAGUAGUCUCAAUCCCGUUCUCUACGCUUUCCUGGACGAGAACUUCAAGAGGUGCUUCCGAGACUUCUGCCUGCCCUGCCGGACCCGCGUGGAACGCAACUCUCUCAACAGGGGCCGGAAUGCCAACAGGGAACCUGUGUCAGUCUGCGCUCCGACUGUAGCUGGGAAGGAAAGGAAGCCUGUAUGA